GUUGGCCGCUGUUGUCGCAUGUCAAAUGGAAUUUAGACAUUAUCCUGUAGAUAUACAGACGUGCCCUUUUAGGCUGCGAAGUUAUGCCUAUUCCUCUUCGACGGUCCUUUACCACUGGAAGAACAACAAUUCAGAUGUACUGAUAAACCAGGAUCUGAAGCUGUUACAACACAAUUUAGAAUUGAAAAAAGGCGAAUCUAGAGCCGUUACACUCUUCGUGGAAUAUUCCACGGUGUUCGUGGAGUUCAAGUUUGAGAGACAGAUCGCGCACCAUCUCAUGCAAGUCUUUGCUCCAAGUGCUUUGAUUGUCACUCUGUCCUGGUUUUCUUUCUGGAUGGGUUUGGACGCUAUUCCCGGGAGAGUCACUCUCUGUGUGACAAGCCUCUUAGCUCUCUUUACCCAAUUUUCUGGCAUAAGGGGUGACCUUCCUCCUGCUUCCUACAUUAAUGGGACCGAUAUUUGGAUGGCCACAUGCAUGCUGUUCGUGUUCGCUACUUUAAUGGAGUUUGUAGUUGUCAAAUUCUUGGACAAAAGGCGACAACUGUACUUUAGAGGCCAAGUGAAAAACACCCUCUUCAGCUCUGCUGAAUCUGCGUUUAGUUCCACGAUUUCUUUGGAUUCCUCACAUUCCAGUAAUAAGAAAAUAUUCCCGCCGAGAGAGGUCGCCCCUCGCUUGGCAUGGAAUGUGGCAUCACAGCAAGACAGUCAUCGAUGGUUCAAGCCACCGUCCUGGUCCCUGGACUGGGUGGUUGUUAUUGAUUACACUUCUCGAUUGUUAUUUCCUGUAGCAUUUUUAGUGUUCAACACUGUGUAUUGGCCUAUACUACUAAACAGAUAUCUCUGAUGUACGAAUAUCAACACUAUCUUAAAAAAAACCCACUUUAUUGUUACCUUCCUCCUAUACUAUACUGAACAAACAUUUCUAAAGGAAAUAUUUCAACAAUAUAUAAUAAAAAAGCACUGUAUUGUUACCUUCCUCCCAUACUAUACUGAACAGACAUUUCUAAAGGAAAUAUUUCAACAAUAUAUAAUAAAAAAGCACUGUAUUGUUACCUUCCUCCCAUACUAUACUGAACAGACAUUUCUAAAGGAAAUAUUUCAACAAUAUAUAAUAAAAAAGCACUGUAUUGUUACCUUCCUCCCAUACUAUA